AUUGAAUAUCUUUUUCUUUUUGUAAAUUUAACAGAAUCUACAAGCAGAUCCAGAAGAACUGUUUACAAAACUGGAGAAAAUUGGCAAGGGCUCUUUUGGUGAGGUUUUUAAAGGAAUUGACAAUCAAACUCAGAAAGUGGUUGCUAUAAAAAUUAUUGAUCUAGAGGAAGCGGAAGAUGAAAUAGAGGACAUACAACAAGAAAUCACAGUGCUGAGUCAGUGUGACAGUCCUUAUGUAACCAAAUAUUAUGGAUCUUAUUUAAAGGGACCUUUUGGCCAGCUUCGGGUAAGGAUUUGUGUUUAGAAGAGAACCUUUGGGCUCGUCUGUAUCUCCCUCCCCUCAAAGGGAUGGCAGCCCGAGGACACCUAACAUUCAUCCUGAUGCCAACAGACUUCAAAGGAGGAUACAAAAUUAUGGAUAAUAAUGGAAUACCUUGGUGGAGGCUCUGCUCUUGAUCUAUUAGAGCCUGGCUGUCUUGAUGAAAUCCAGAUUGCUACAAUAUUAAGAGAGAUACUUAAAGGACUCGAUUACUUGCAUUCAGAAAAGAAAAUCCACAGAGAUAUUAAGGCUGCCAAUGUUUUGCUAUCUGAACAAGGAGAGGUAAAAUUAGCAGACUUUGGAGUAGCAGGACAACUAACAGAUACACAGAUAAAGAGAAAUACUUUUGUGGGAACUCCAUUCUGGAUGGCACCUGAAGUAAUAAAACAGUCAGCAUAUGACUCAAAGGCAGAUAUCUGGUCAUUAGGCAUAACAGCCAUAGAACUUGCAAACGGAAAGCCACCGCAUUCAGCGUUGCAUCCGAUGAAGGUUUUAUUCCUCAUCCCAAAGAACAAUCCACCGACACUGGAAGGAAACUACAGUAAACCCCUCAAAGAAUUUGUUGAGGCCUGCUUGAACAAGGAGCCAAGCUUUAGACCAACAGCAAAGGAGCUCUUGAAACACAAAUUCAUAAUACGAAAUGCAAAGAAAACAUCCUACCUGGCAGAACUCAUUGAUAGGCACAAGAGGUGGAAGUCUGAACAGAGCCAGGAUGACUCCAGCUCUGAAGAAUCGGAUGCUGAAACCGAUGGCCAGGCCACAGGCGGUCGUGAGUCAGGGGACUGGAUCUUUACAAUCAGAGAAAAAGACCCCAAGAAUGUAGAGAAUGGAGCAGCCCAGCCACAGGAACUAGAAAGUAAUAAGGAAAAAGAUACCCCCAGGCGUCCUUUGUCUCAGUGUUUAUCUGCAAUUAUAUCUCCUUUAUUUGUGGAGUUGAAAGAGAAAAGUCAGGCAUAUGGUGACAACAUGGGGUCCAUAGAAGAACUGAGAGAAGCUAUUUAUUUAGCUGAGGAGGCUUGUCCAGGCAUUUCAGAUACAAUGGUGUCGCAGCUUGUACAGAGGCUUCAGAGAUAUUCACUAACUGGAGGAAGUACUUCGUCUCACUGAAGUAUUGGUUUUGAAUUUUUCAAAGUCAACAGGCCAUCCUGUGGUGUCUGCAUUGAGGAAGUGCUCUUUAAUGUUGAUCUACCGCUCAAUAAAUGGAGUGUUCUUCAGUGAAAGGACAUUCCUGAAUGUGCAACAGCAAAAAUGAAGUCUCUCAGAUGGGGUGUUGUUUUUCAGCUCCUUAAAGCUAUAGUUUUUUUUAACCAUAAUGCACAUAUUUAAGGGAGAAGUGUCUUUUUAUGACAUCUGCAAUGUAUAUUUACGUUUGUGAUAAGGACACUGAAGAUAUUGUGAAAUCUCAGGUAUUUUGCUUUAAGAUAACUCCUUUGGGAGAUAGAAAAGCGUUCUGUUGGAUUUGUGUACAGAUUUGUAUAUAGUGUCAUUUUUGUACUGAAACCCUUUAAACCUGUAUAAGGAGUCACUGUGUACAAAAUGACCAAAUCUUCUGUAGAUAAUGUUAGUGAGGUAAAUAUUUGACAGGCCAUAACUGAGUAUUGCGUUGCCUUUAUUACAUGUAAAAUUACAAUUAUGUGACAAGUGAUUUUGGUUUGAUUUUGUAUUUGACGGGUUCACCAUGAAAAGAUAGUAAAUGCCCUAUUAUGGAAAUCUCCUAUUUGUACCUCAGCGUAUCCAAAUUUCCUCAUUUGUCCUGCAUCCCUCUCUUUUUUACACUUGGAAGCUGGCUUUCUGAUUAUGGUACUACUUUUGGUUUAUUUAAAUUUAACACAUCUUGUCUCAUAUAAAGCUUUAAAUUGUUUAUUUUUUCCCUACAGAAUUUUUUCACUUUUACAUUUCAGUUUUAAAUUGUGCCCGUGUAGAUUCUGAAUCAUAUGUAUUGUCCAGGUUUAGUAAUAUAUACUUGUUGAAGCUUGUUGUGAAAUCUAAAUACCUUUUACAUCUAUACAUAUCUGAAUGCUUACAUAAAUAAAUUUUAUAACCUACAUA